UAAUCGAUAUUUAUAUAUAGAGAUUAUAUCUUUUCAUGAAAUGGUCUUCAGAAAUCACUUUCAGUGGAGUCCAAAUUCCACAAAAAGAAAUAAUAUUUUCUCCCCAAAGUCAGGUCAUUUCACAGGGUUGAAGUUUCUACUGAAAUCUUAGCUUUGGAUGAAGUCGUCGGUUGAAGCUUCAACGGAAAUCGCUUCUUUGACCAUUCCAUUUUCUGUUAUAAAUAUUAAUAUUACUUCAUCAAAGUUCACUCCAGCAGCAAGUUCUUCAAUCUCCCAAUUGUUCUAUAAAUCUUUAAUCUUGUUGUCCAAUGGCACCGUGCAACAAACCUGUAAUCGUUACAUUUAUAUUGAUGGUAAUAUGUUUCACAUUGAGCAACGGUGCUAACACCGAUAUCAGUUGCCUGAAAGCCUUUAAAGAUUCAAUGGAAGACCCCGAAAACGUCUUUGCUACAUGGGAUUUUAGUAACAAUAUCACAGGGAACAUUUGCAGAUUUAUGGGCGUCGAAUGCUGGCAUCCUGACGAGGACAGGGUCUUAAAUAUCAACCUCUCCAACACAGGACUCAAGGGUGAGUUACCCCUGGGACUUGCAAGUUGUACCUCGAUGACGGGAUUAGACCUUUCGGGAAACCGCUUAUUUGGGAAUCUUCCAUACAACAUAUCCGAGAUGUUACCUUAUUUAACAUCUCUUGAUCUAUCCUCAAACAAUUUCUCGGGACAAAUUCCUCGGAACCUUGCCAACUGUUCGUUCCUUAAUGUCCUCAAACUUGCUAACAAUCGGUUUUCGGGUCAAAUUCCUGUAGAAUUAGGGAUGCUUGUUCGUAUUAAGGAGUUUAACGUUGCAAACAAUAGCUUAUAUGGACAGGUUCCAGUUUUUAAAAAUGUUAACGUAUCAGCAGCGAGUUAUGCAGGUAACCCGGGGUUAUGCGGGGGUCCUUUGCCUCGUUGUCAAGGACCCGUCAACAAAACCGGGAUGUAAACUGGUUUUUAUUGGUUCAAGAUAUAUAGUAUCGUUAUCGAAGAUUGUCUUUAAGAACUUAUGUUGUUGAGUCGAGAUGUAUGAUGUUAAUUGAAGCUGUAUUUUAUGUAACGAAAAGUUAUAUCUUACCCUAAUUAUUAAA